GUGAUCUUUUCGGUAUUUAGUGGGAUCAUUUGAAGUCAUUGCGCAUGACUUUGGUGAGCUUGAGAUCUAAACUUCCGGAAUAUAGAAACGCCUCGACUCAGUCUAUGUAUGAAUUGAUUUAGAAUGAAAAGUCCAGAGGUGUAACAAUCAGGCAUCAAAAUGUCUAAGAGUCGAAUGAAAAAGUUCAGUUUGUUUAAAAAGUUUGGGAAAAGUACAACAGAUUUAUCAGAAUGGAACAAGGGAGAUGAUAAGAUACUAAAAGCUGUAGAAAAUGGAGAUCUUAGUAAAGUGGAGGCCAUCCUUCAGAAGAAAACCAUUAACCCAACCAAACUGGGUAUUCAUGGGUUUUCAAUAUUUCAUGUUGCCAGUAGAUAUGGACAUUUAGCUAUAAUAGAAAAGUUGUUAGAAUAUGGUGCUGAUGUAAACUGUCUCACAAUUCAGGGUUCUACAGCACUACAGCUAGCUUGUGGAUCAGGACAUGUCAAAAUUGUAGAUAGAUUAAUUAAGGCUGGUUCAGAACUGAAUUUGAAGGAUGGACAACAGCUUACAGCUUUACACCAUGCCUGUAUGGGGUGCUACCAUGAAUGUGUUCAGGUUUUAUUGGCUAAUGGUACAGAUGUUUCAUUGGGAGAUCAGACUGGCAGAACUCCCCUAUUUUUCGCUGCUUUAUCAGGACAAGUAGAAAUAUGUAAAGAUCUCUUAGACAAAAGUGCCAACAUCAAUAGUCUAGAAAAUAAUCAAAUGACUCCAUUGAUGGGUGCAGCAAAUCGAGGGCGCAAGGAAGUUUGUGAACUACUACUUAAAAAAGGUGCUAAUAGAGAUCUCACUGAUGUCAGAGGUUUUACAGCAUUACAACAUGCUAUGGAAGAGAACCAUAAAGACAUACAGGAAGUAUUUAUCAAAGCACCUACUAUAGCAACAUGGGAUGUUCCUGGUACUACAUUGGAUAGAAAACCAAAAGACACAAAGGGUGCUGAAGGUGGAGCAGAUACUUCCGAGAUGCCAGAAGCUGAUCAGGUUGAUAGAGUGGAUAAUUUUGUUGCUGAUACUUCUCCAUCACCUGGGCCUCAGAGAAAAGAAGGAACUCUUCAACAGGCAGCACAGAAAACCUCAACCCAGCCAGCUGUAGAUCAGAGAGCACUUCAAGCCUAUAAGGCUGGUAUACCACCAAAGGAAUUAGAGGAGGAAAACGAUCAGCUGAAUGAGGAAUUACAUAAACUUAGAAUCCAAAAUAUAAAAAACCAAGACAACAUUACCUCUCUACAACAUCAACUUAAAGAGAAAGCUAAAGAAACUCACGAACAUGAACUGAAGAUGAAAGAACUAACAGAAAGUUUAGAUACAGAGAUGAAGAAGGUUGAAACUCUUCAACAAAAUUCACAUUCAUUAUCUAUUAGUAAUACACUAACAGAGAGUACAGACGAUGGUAUUGAGACAGACCAUUGGAAUGACAGUGAAGAAGAUCUGUUUGGUUCAUUGAAGAGAGGUAAAAAGUCCAGUAAAGAUAGUGACAGUGACGACAAACAGCUGAUAACCUUACUGAGAAGUCAAAUAUUAACCUACCAGUCAGAGAAUGAACAACUUAAACAGAAGGUUACUGAGGAUAACGAUGGCAAAGACACAACUUAUGGUGACAAGGAAAUGGUUCAGAAAAUGGAAGUGAUGAGUCAGCAGUUAUCUCAGUUACAGAAACACAGAGAUGAUCUACAGGAGCAAGUAGCUUUGUAUAAAAUGAGCAAUAUUACAGAUGAAUGUAAAGCCUGUUCUGUCAUCUUAGAUGAACUGAUGUCACCAAAGUAUAAGGAUAUAGUAGAACCAUUCUGUGACCAUGACAAUGAGGCAGAUUUGGAUCUGAAAGUUGUUCAGGACAAUCUAAACAGUGGGAAAUACUUGUCUUUGGACAGCUUUGUGUCAGAUGUUAGGCUAAUUAUCACCAAUAGUUCACAGUCAGAACAGUUAGCAGAGAAGGGCCAAGAAUUACAGACCGUAUUUAACACUAUUUAUAGUUCUGUCAAGGGUAAAGUACCCAAUGGAGAUAUACAGAAGGAAACUGAUAAACCUCUUCAGGCAGGAGACAGCUCAGUGGCUUCUGAUAGUGACAUUCAUUCGAAAGGUUCUAAUGACGAAUCUGAAAUUAAUGAGUUACGGACAGACAAUGAUAAAUUAAAAGAACAAAAUAAUAAUUUACGACAGGAUUUAGACACUCUGCGGACAACUUAUGAGAAGUUAGUGCAGGCAGGAGACAAUCUCCAGGAUAUGUAUGAUCAGUUGUUAACGGAGAAAGACCAACAAUAUAAUGAAAUGGAAAAGUUGGCUAGGGAAAAGGAAGAAAUUGUUAAAGAGAACGAGUUUCUAUUGUCUGAAGGUAAUGCUAUGCAUGAUGAUUUGGAAAAACUUGUUCAAGAAUUAGAAGACAUUCAGGAGAAAUUCAAAAUCGUUCAGGGUGAAAAGGAUGAUUUAGAACGUAAACUUGGAUCAUUGAAUGUACCAGCUAAGGCAAGUGAAAUGGCUAAAAUCGUGGAGGAGAGAGACAAAUUCAAAGAUCAGUGCCAAGAAUUACAGACAGAAAAUGAACGACUUAAACAUGAUCAUGAGAUUGUCCUUGAAGAGGUUCAGAGCAUGCAGGAGCAAUGUAACCAGCUACAAGCAGACAAUGAACAAAUGACUGUGGAUUUCGAGACAGCACAGGAGGAGUUUGAUCAGCUGACACAACAACAUGAGGGUCUACAACAGGAUUAUAAUCAGUUAGAGCAAGAUUACUCAGAACUACUUGCUGACAAAGAAAAACUAGAAACAGAAUUCUUAGAAGUUCAGACUGCCAGUGUUAAAGAACAAAAUCCAUUAGCCGAGGAAGAAACUGAAGAAUUAAAACAAGAAAAUGAAAUGUUAUCAUACGAAAAAGAUCAACUCGAAAUGACAAUUAAGGAAUUAUCCAAAAACAAUGCCCUUCUAGAAGAAAAGUUAGAGAGGAAUAGGGGUGAAUUAGGAAAAACAUUAGAAAAAUUAAAAAAGGAAGCUUCAAUACGCGUUAAGCAUGAUACAGAUGCUAACACCGAUAAAGAAAAACAGAUCAAGUCUUUACAAGUCCAAGUCAGUCGACUUCAACAACAACUUGCCGAAACAGACCGACGUCACAUGGAUAUCGUCAACACAUAUAGAACACAUCUCAUCAGUGCUGUACAGGGUCACAUGGAUGAAGAUGUACAGCAAGCUCUGUAUAACAUCAUAGAACUGAGAAGUAUGGAGGAAUAUUGUUGAUGCUGUACCAUGUUGUUGAACUAUAUCACGUUUUACUCACAAUUAUAUGGAGUGUUACUAAUUUAAGAUAUGUGAAAAAUUAUUAUCAAUGGGAGAGAUGAUAUACACAUAUAUUCACAUAUAUAUUUAUAUUUAUUUCUAUGUUGGUCUAUAGGUAAAAAAAUCAUUUAUUGUUCUGAUUACAGAUCUAAAUAGAUUUUUGGAAAAUUUCGUUAGUGUUUAAUUUAGAUUAAAAAGAUUUAAUAAGUUGAGAGGCUUCAAAACACACCUAAUUAAAUCAAUUUCAAUUGUUGAUUGAAAUUUGUGACAACUGCUGAAAAGAAAACCUACCACAAAAUUUUCAAGUAUUGCCUAAAAGGAAUCAUUAAGCAGAAAAUGAAGUUCUAAGUUCAAAUGUGAGCAAUAUAUAUUAUGAACAACUCACUUAAAUGCAAUAGUCUCGGAUCAUUAUAUCAUAUAUUGCAAUAAUAUAUCACUACACAGUAUUAAUCAUACAUUCCAUUAGUCUUGUCAAGUGUAGCUAUUGUUUGAUCUCAUCCUGUUCAUGUUUUAUAAUUUUAUUUAUAAAUAUUUAUAUUUUUAAUCAGAUUUUGAAGUCUGUAAGAAAUUAAAAGAAAGAAAGAUCAAAAGUGUAUUCAUCCUCAGUGACAAAUAGUUCUGUUUAUAAAAUAAGGCAGAUAAAUCAAAUAUAACUUUCUCCUUUAUCUCAUUUUCGUUUCAUUUUAAAGGAGGCAACAUAAAAAUAUCUUCCAACUUUUGUUUUUCUAUCUUGUCAGCUUCCAUGUACAAUGCCAUCUUAUUUUUUUAAAGUUUGUUGAAUACAAUAUAAACGGAAGUGUCAUAUAUAUAAUACAUUAUAGACAAAAUAUUGUUUUGUUAUUGGGUGAAUGUCUAAUUGAAAUACAUACCCAAGAUGCACUUGUAAGAUUUUAUUUUGUAAAGUAAGAAAUAUCAACAUUAACUGCUUCUAUAUAUUGUUAUAUUUUAACUUUUGUGUGCUCAAACUAUAGUGUUAAAAAUUGCUUAUGACUACGCAAAUACUUACUUUAUAUUUCUUGUUAAUACAUGUGUAUUUUGCUUUCUUAUGUCUCUUGUGUACUCUUUAUAUAUAUUUAUUAAAACGUUUUUGAUACAUAUUUAUAUAAAAACAACCUGAAUAAUGUUAAUAUCUCUGUACGCUUGCAAUGUAUGAAUUAUAUUUAACGGAUUAACUCAUUUAGAUUUUUAUACUGUUUUGAAAAGGUAUUUAAUCUGCAUUUUUACUUAAAGUAUUGUUACAAGUGCCUUCAUUUAAAUUGAGUUUUUUCUGUAGUGUUUCGGUGCUUUGAUGUACAGUGCUUUAUUUCACAUGACGCUUAAAAUAUUUUUUUUAAUUGAUGCCUGAUAAAGAUAUAAAUUGAGUGCUUAUACUAAGUGUAAAUGUUUUAUUGCUCUGAAUAUUAUGGAAGUCAGUAUUGAUCAUGUCACCACAUUAAUAUAGUAGCAUAUACGGGUUGUUUUAAUUGACAAAAUGUUGAAUCUCUUACCAGUAUUAUCAUCAUGACCAUUCAUUUCUAAUGAAUGACAGAUUUCUUCCUUUUCAUCAUUUGAAACUCAUUUUUAACAACAUGAAAUUUAAUGAAUUGAUUACAAAUGUUUAAAAUAGAAAGAAAAUCAGUCCCAGUAAAAAUUAAAUAAGACACAUGAUAAAAAUAUUUUCUUUUGCCUUUAUGAUGAAGCUUGCUUGAUUGUUCACAACUUGACCUCUUAUAUACCAGUAACUUGCUAUUUUAUGCCAAAGGUGCUUUUUAUCAACUGCUAAGUAGCUAUUCCACUUAAAUGGUCAGUAAAUUCAAUACACUUUGCCAGGUUGAUUUUAUUAAAAUAGAUGAAUUUAAAUUAAAUAUAAACCAGAUUGUUGUACUAUUAUGAUGCACUAUGUGACCUUUUAAUUUUUAUCCUGAGGUUUUGUUGAAUGCAAUCAAAUGUAACCGUUAUAUUUUUAUAAUUGUUUUAUCCCAAUGGUUGUGUAGUAGACAUAUCAGUUAUAUCAAAAUAUAUACUUUUAUUAAAACUA